UAGUGUUUGAAAUGAAUAAAUCGGUACCCUGAAUCCUACAGCAAUAACAGUUCUGCUUGUUCGCCGCUGGUAGGAGAAUGGCUGCUUGGUGUUCCAUAGAGCGAUUCGUUGUCGUUGCGCUAAUGAGCGUCUUUCUGCAAGGUCCGCACGAGGCCAGAGCAGAGUUCACGCGCUAUAUCUUUUCCGAUACGGAAGUGGGCCGUUAUCAGGCGCGCUGCCUGGACGGGUCUCCCAGUGGCUUCUUCUACGAGAGAGGCGCUCUGAACACCAAGUGGGUCUUCUAUCUGGAAGGUGGUGGACUAUGCGAUUCUCAAGAGACAUGUCAGAGCCGCUCGCACGGUAGUCUCGGCUCGUCCACCAAGUGGGGUGAGUCGUUCGGGGGAGGUGGCCUGCUGUCCAACGAGCAGUCGGAGAAUAACGGCUUCUACAACUGGAAUCGCAUCUACGUCCCUUACUGCGGAGGAGACCUUCACUCCGGACAGAGAACCCAGCCAAACGAGUGGAACGUGUACUUCUCAGGACACUUGACAAUCGUCGCCAUAGUGAAGCAGUUGCGAGUGUACGGUGGAAUCGACAAUGCAACAGAUAUCCUGGUGAGCGGAGAGUCUGCUGGCGGCAUAGGGGCUUUCGAGCAUGUCGACUUCUUUGCGUCUGAAUUUCCAAAGGCGCACGUUCGAGGCACUCCACAAGGUGGUUACUACUUCCCAGUGGUCGGGGCACCUCAAACCUAUCAAGAGUUUGUUGCCAAGCAGCCCGCACCCAAUAGGACCAGCGCCUUGUUCGAUCUGUACAACGCCAGUGUCAACGCAGCCUGUCUUGCAGCAAACCCAUCCAGUGCUUUCCAGUGCGGACCUGCCAAUCUCGACUACAUGAUCAACUACCUUCAAACUCCCGUGUUUGUCGCCGAGAAUCAGUUUGACAAGCAGCAGAUCUUCGAGCGUAUGGGAUGUCCUGAAAAGCAAACUGCAGAGGUCGAAGCCUACAUCAAGUACUACGGGGAGCUGAUGAUGGCUGCGAUGGCCAAGAAAGUGAUUGGCUCUUCACUUGGUCAUGGCCUGUACUUUCCUGCGUGCCUACAGCACACAGGUGAUCUGGAUAACCCCUACAAAACGCUGCCCAUCGAUGGUGCAACGUAUGGUCAAGCCCUAGAGAGCUGGUAUUUCGGCACGCACUCCUACAGCCACGUGGUGUAUGAGAACAAAACCAUGCCGCACUGCUGAGCGGCGUCUGUGCGUGCUCUGUGCGUGCUCUUUGCACGCCAUGUGCGCAUGCACCACGAGUCUCCGUCGUGUCUGUGUCUGGACACUGAGCGGGCAUCCCUGUGCAUGCUCUGUGCGUGCACAGAGCAUGCAUGCCCCGCCGCUGAGUGGCAUCGGUGUGCCCGCUCUGUGCACAUGCACAAUGUGUCGGAGAAUGUGUGGACGCUGUGCGUUCAUACUGUGCCUCAAGAAGGAUCUUGAACGCAUGAGCAGGUACCACCUUGUGUUUUUACGUUAUUGUGCGAUGCCCAGCCGCAAAGAGUGGUCUGGGUUUUCAUGGUCAUUGUUCAAUGAAUUUAUUUGUACCCCUUUUUUCUAUUCACCUCCCGCCGCUUAGGAGCUGCAUCUGCGCCUUGAUCCUAGAGGGUGGUGGCGUUCCUGCGGAUGCGGAAAACUCGGCUUUCAGCCGCGUCUCACGUGAACCGUGAUUUUUUUCCUUUGAAAUAGAAUCCCCAUUGAAAUACAUGUAACGUUAUCGUCAACGAAAUAAUUAAUCACAAGAAUAGUAUUUAUUUUGCAUACAUCAACCAAAUUCAUCCUAGCUGCUCAUGACUGCAUCCAACCUUUGUUCCCAGGUAUUUAUCCACUGUUGCGGAUUCUCGAUGAAGGGCUGUGAUGUAGCGCCUUGAAUCUAGAACACUUCCGGGCAAAAUGAUCUGUCAAGUUUCCCUGAGCAAAGUGCUUGCGGUAUGAUGUCUGGCUUGAUCACACUGUUCUGUGUGGGACUUUUAUAAGCUGUUCGGAGUAUGUAAGCCAUGGCUAAAAUGCUUAAUCUGAAUGAUUUAUCCCUCCUCAAACUUUAAAAUGAAGAACUACUUGUACAAUUGUCAUGGUCAAUCUGAAGAGAUUUACGACAA